AUGGUUGCUGCUGCUCUUUCUUCCAUUGCUUUGAUGCUUACUGCCAUUGGUGGUGCUUUUGCUCAUGCCGAAUUCUCUGUGGAUGAAGCUUUGCCUGGAUCCGUUCUCAAUACCAGUAUUGGCAUUGGUCAUGGAUGCAAUGGAUCCAACACGAUUGAAUUGGCUGUCUCUGUUCCCAAGGAAGUGACCAACAUCCAGGCACUUGAAGUAGAGAAUUGGAAUCUUACCUUGACCCAUCGUACGGAUAACUCUUCUCAAGUGAGCAACAUUACAUGGUCGGGUGGUAACCUUGAUGCACACCAAUAUCAAGGAUUUGGCCUCAUCAUUGAUAUCCCCAAUGUCGAUGUGAGCCAACAUAAUGUCACCCUUCUUUUCCCUACCAUUCAAAAAUGUGAGAAUGCCACCAAUGCUUGGGUCGCUGCUGAAGAAACCGAGACUGAAAAGCCUGCACCCAAGCUUACAAUCACCAAGGAAGUGACACCACAACCUUCUUCCUCUUCCUCUGAUAGCCAAGGCAAUCAAGAUGGCGAAAGCAGUGCUUCUCGCUUGUUGACGGGUCUUUCUUUGGGUGCUGCCUCUGCUGUGCUGGGUAGCGCUCUUCUCUUCUAA